AUGAGUUGGAUGGACAGUUGGAGCCGGCCCUCCAAAUCCCAAGCGACACCAGCGCCUUUCUACCUGUUACCUGGAGGAGAAGCAACGCCUUACUGUCAUUCGUGCGGACGAGUCAUUAGCACUCGAAAGAGUACAGCAUCGGCUAAAAACAACACGCCAGUCAAAUACUGCUCGAGCCGAUGCCGGACACAAAAGCCUGGCAAGUUAGACCGUGAGCUCGAAAGGGCCUUUGUGAGACUAUUGAACGCCGAAGAGCAUGUUACUGCAGAAAAGGAACCGACCAAGGGAACAUCUGGAAAGCACAAGAAAGGGAAGAAUAGCAAGGGCGACAAUCGGAUCUUGGUAUCGUGCAGCGCAGCUGAGGAGAUAGUCUUUGGACCCAACCGGACCUCGAUGGAGGAAGGACACGAGGAAAGCCACAGCGAGGACGAGAUACCUCAGGCAUCUGAACCUGCACAGACGGCAGCUGAGCCACGAACAUCUGAAGAAGACACAGACCUUGCAGACAUUCUGAAAGAUGAUAUUCACGUCGAUGGCGAUGUGCUUGCGCGUAUGUCGGUCCGCAGUGGCACACGCAUCCGCCCGGCGCAAUCAGUCUCUGAAGUGAAUGGCAGCGUGGGCGGCGAGAAGGGACGCGCAGAAAGAAUCCAUGAGACCGAUGAAAUGUUGGAAAAGCGCAAACAAGGACAGAAGAGAGCCAAAGAGCGUGAAAUGACCAAGUGUGCAGCGCGAAGAGGUGUCGUGUUUGGGUUCUCUGUUAAUGAUGAUGGUGAGAAGCGCCUUUGUGAGGCCGUCAUGUCCGGAAAAGUCGUGGAGCCUAGCUUUGCCAAGGGAGAUUGGGCGAUACGUUGGAGAGAGUCGUAG